AUGGUAGAGAGGGAUGGUUGUAAUUCUUCUUUGACAGCAAUCAGGGUUCUAAGAGUUUCUCUGGUGGAUGAACUUGAAGGACAGAUUAACUCUCUGCUGGAAAUCUUAGUGAGUCAGGAGCUGUUCACUCGUGAUGACCGUGAGGAGGUUUUGUGUGAGUUGGGGCCCCGUGCCAGAGUAAGAAAGGUGUUGGAUAUCCUGGGGUUUAAAGGCGAGGAAGCAGCGAGGAUUUUUCUCUCAAUUAGCUCAAAUCAUCAGCAAGAGGCACAGAAAUACUCCAAAGAAGGCAACACAGAUCCACCUCAGUCUAUAGGUAUGCAAGUAAAACCACAGACAUGUAAACACUUGUUAGAUAAUAUUUGGAGUACGACACCUUCAAUAAGACUGCACUGUUCCUAAAUUGUGUUCGACAAAAUACUGUGAAUUGAUGUCUUAAAGCUUAUCUAAUCUAAUAAUUAUAUGUUCUUUUACAGAGUAUAACAAAGUCAAACAAAAACAUAGAGAUGUCCUCAGGCGACGCAGCGAGAGCAUGCUCUUCUACAACACUAGACAUGGAGAGAAAAUCCUUUUUUCUGAACACUAUGUCAACCUCUUGUUGGUCGACGGACACCAGGGUUUAGAUAUCAAAAGGCAUGAGGUGCUUACGUUUGGACAAAAACGACUAUCUUUGCAGCAGAAGUCAGCAGUGCACAGAAAAAUCGCACCAGGGGAACUCUUUUUAAGUGAAAAUGGAAACCGUCCAAUUAAGAAGGUUCUCGUGACAGGGGUAGCUGGUAUAGGGAAGACUAUCCUGGUGCAAAAGAUGCUGUUUGAUUUUGGCGCAAACAAGAACUGUCACGCCUUCGACUUUGUUAUCCAUUUGACGUUCCGUGACCUGAAUCUGAUCGAUAAACCCAUGAGCUUCCAGGAGUUGGUUUUGCGUAAAAACAGGCACCUAGCUAAAGAACUGGAUAACAUUUUGGCAAACGACGACAAACUACUGAUCAUCCUGGAUGGCUUUGAUGAGUUCAAACACUACAGGAGCUGUGAUGUCGAUGUGUUUGUGACUGAGCCAGAUGAAGAGGCAGACGUGGUGGAGAUCUUUGGCAGUCUCAUGUUAGGUGAACUGCUGCCAAAUGCUUCUGUCCUGCUCACCAGUCGACCUACAGCUAUCAACCACAUCCCUGUUGGGUGCAUUGACCGGUUCGUGCUCAUCUCUGGCUUCUCCUUGGUUGAAGUUCAAGACUUCUUCUUGCGGUACUUCCAGGACAGUACCCUUGCUGAGCGCAUGUUUGCUGUUGUGUCAGCUAAUGACCUUAUGCUAACAUUGUGCUACAUACCCGCCUUUUGCUACAUUGUGUGCUGUAUCCUCAAAGAAAGCAAAGACCUCGGGGGACAGAGCCCCAAGACCAUGACGGACAUUUAUGUGCAGUAUCUGGUAGCUUUGCUUCGCUCUCACACUCAAGCAAGAGCUGAAACAUUUCUUAAAGAGCAAAACGCAGGAGCUGAUCUGCAGCUAUCUGAUGUUGUGCUCAAGUUGGGCCGACUUGCCUUUCAGAAGUUGAUGGAGCAUCAAACACUUUUCUACAGCAGUGACCGAGAUGUCGCAGCACUGAAGGGUUGCAGCCUUGUGAGCACUUUCCUUGACAAGACAGUUGCACAAGAGCCCGGCUGCACUGAAGAGGUUUACUCUUUUGCACAUCUCACCAUCCAAGAGUUCUUUGCUGCAGUUUACUGUGCAAUGACAGACCAACCUUUACCUGAUGCACUUCAGAAUUCCACAAGUCCCGGUGAGGGGUCCAGUUAUGGACAUUUGGACCUUUUCAACCGCUUCCUGUCCGGAAUCCUCUCUGAACGUAAUGCUAACCUUCUGUCGAGGCAGGUGGGGCUGUGCUGCCAUGAAGAUAAAGUGGAAACCUGUCGUCAGAGGAUCAUCCAAGAACUUACCAUGCUCUGUGAAAAUGGGGCACAUAUUCUUAACCAUCUGCACUGCCUGUUCGAACAGCAGGACCCCUCUUUGGCCCUUGCGGUACAACCCGAGACUCUACGAAUCAAUGUUAGCGAUGAAACACUCUCGCAGAUGGACUACAAUGCCAUCAAUUACUUCCUGAACCUGACAAAAGGCACAAUAUCAGAGCUGGAUCUGACCGGGACUGGAGUAAACAGUGAAGCACUGAGAGACAUUCAACUGCUGCUGCUAAGAUGUCAGAGUCUUUGGUGAGUUUUAGGCACAGUUCCUAUCACAAAGAAGCUGGGUUGCUUCUUAAAGUGUUGAUAAAAGUAGUAGUUGAUGGCUGGGGAAUAAUUUAAACCCUUAAUUUAAUUGAAAAUGGUGCAAAGGCAGCGUAAAACCUCUCUCUCAACGCAUCUAUUACAAGAGUUUUUCCUCUUUUUUGCUAAAUGUGUUAAAGAUAUGAAAAAUCUGAUGCACCUUCUACACUGUGUCAUUUUAAAGGCUUGGAGAAAACAAUCUUGACAUGGAUGCAGCUCAGGUUAUUGCGGAUGUGCUGCUAUCGUCAGAAGCUAUAACCCACCUUGGGUAAGGUAUUACAGGCUUUUGUUAGCAUUAAAGAGAUGAAAUAAUAAGAAAGGUUGCAACUUUCAUUUCCAGGACAACAUUUGACCUUUUUUUCAGAAAGUAAGAAAAUAGAUUCAUUUAAAUAGAAUCAACAUCUGUUCCUGGUUUUCUGUUCCCCUUUCAGACUCGGAUGGUCAAACAUCGGUGAUGAUGAAGUACUCGUGCUUUCAAGUGCCAUUCGAAUGAAAAAACAGCUCAAGGAAUUGUGGUAAGAAAUCAGUGUGAGGGGGAACAUCACUGGAUGGAAAAAAAUCUAAUUUUGUGAAAUGAAAACGCUUCCAGACAGAGGGCAGUCACGGUAGUCUGAAUCAUACCAGUCUCUUUGAAAAGCUUGUGUGAUGAUGCUUGUCUGUUUGCUCAGCUGUGCCCAAGCUUGUUGUGGAAGACAAUGAAUUGAGGCCACAAAACAAUUCAAAUCACGUCUUGUUCCUGUGCUGAUUUUAAUUAAAAAUAAAGUUUUGCUCAGCACCAACUACAUAGAAAAGUAAAAAAAAACAUCUGAAGAGAAUGGAAGAAAAUGAUAAAUGUCACUGUUACUUUUGCUUUUACAGGAUGGAGGGAAAUCGAGUAAGCCACAGAGGUCUUCUGUCACUCAGUGACCUAACCCCAUACCCUCUGGAAAGAGUUGUGUAAGUGAAGUUUUACACGUUACCCCUAAGCAUGCCUCCAACCUUGAGUGUAUCUAAUGUGUUAUUUUUCACGCAGGGCCAUAUGGAACGAUCUACCAGACACUAAUCCAGAGUCCUUGAGCAGUAAAGAGAGCAUUACUGUGAAUUUCACAGAUGAUGACAUGUGGGAAGCGUGGGGGCAGUGGGUGUUAAAAAGGUGUGAGGUCAGUAGCAAUGAAAAGUUUGUGAUGGUACUUCACAAAGUGUGCAACAUAUCAGCCCACUGCUUGGAAGCCAAGUGGGCAAAAACCUUUUACAUGCAACUCUCACAGCUAAUAAGCGACAGAAUUGAGAGCUGCACUGAGGAUGACAUGUGCAAGAAGCUGAGAAAGUUUAAGAGCAUUUUAGACUUCUGA